AUGUCGUUCGAAAUGGAUAAAGCUAUGAUGGAAUUAUCUCUCUAUGAGGAGGAUAAGCCCUUCAAUAUGCCAAACCUACCGCAGUUUAAAUCGUCAAAAAGGAAUGCUAGAAGUCUAAUUGGAAGGAUACUUAAUCCAGAGUGCCAGAAGAUGGCAAAUCUGAUCCUUGACAUGCCGAGGAAGUGGCAGAAGCGGGGAAGAGUCAAAGGAAUCGCCUUAUCGAAGGAGCGGUUUCAGUUUAUUUUCGAUCAUGAGCAUGAUUUGGUUGAAAUCCUUGAGAAAGGGGUUCACACUUUCAAUGAUUGGACGCUAGCCAUUGAUCGAUGGGUUGAAAUACCUCCCCCAGAUUAUCUUCGUUUUAUUCCUAUCUGGGUUCAAAUUCGUAAUAUGCCGGUGAAUUACUAUACAGAGGAGUCGAUUACGGCUUUGGGGGACUUGAUUGGUGAAGUUAAGAUGGUCGCGUUAGAUCCAGAGAGGUCACAAACUCAGGAAUACGUGAGGGUUCUGGUUCGCUUUGAUGUGACGAGACCGUUAAGGAAGUCAAAGGUGGUGAAUCUACCUGAAGGAGGAUCAACAGUGGUAUAUUUUAACUAUGAGCGGAUUCAGAAGAGAUGCUAUGAAUGUCAGCGACUCAAUCACGCAAAGGAUCUCUGUCCUUUACUGGUUCGUAAGCGACAGGAGCAAGCACAGGAAAGACGUCAAAAGAUCCUCAUGGAAAAAUCAGCUGGGAAGCAAAUACUUUCCGAAGAUGAUCCUCUUUUUGGGGUACUUAAUGAAGAACAAGUUGGGCUCUGUAAAGAAACGGGUAGAAGGAAAAUCUCGCCGGAAGUGUUGGAUGAGAUGAGGCGUUAUAUGCUCACUGGCAAGGAAGAAGAGAAAUCUCUUAUGAUAGACAUGGUGAGAACGUCUGUCGCAGAAGCGGAAAGAGACCCCCUUACUCAGAAGACUAUGCUGCGUUUGGAGUCUAAACCGGUGUUUACUAAGGAUCUUGAUAUUGGAAGAGGGCUGGUUUAUGACUUUGAUCUGAAUAAAGAUGGUGAGAACAUAAUAGAGCAUGAUUGUGGAGGAGAGAAACUUAUGAUGGCAGCCAUCAAAGCUAACAAGAGCGUAGCUUCGAGUGAUCAUGGAGAUGGAGUGAAGCGGGCAGCGGGCAAUAGUAGCAGCAGGGAGCAGCGAUCUGGUGUUUCAGGGGAUCAACUCGGGCCUUCUAAAGAUACAGAAAGUAAGACAAGGAGCAAUGUACCUCUUCAGUUGGAGGGGAGCCCAACGGAAUAUGGUUCUGGUUUAUUUUCGACUGGACCAUCCGGGGCUUCUCCACAACAGGCGAAAUCGAGAAGAAGGCCCUAUGUAAAAAAGCGACAAGGGAGGUUGUCUGCAACCUCCAAUGUCUUACAGGCGCUCUAUGGGAAUGAGGAGGACAGAGAGAAGGUGGGCUCGAAGAGAAGGCAAAUGGAGGCAGAGUCGUCAGGACAUAAAAGUGCUCAACGCAAAGAAGUUAAGGUGAUCCCGCAUGAGGGAUCGCCGCGGUUUUAA